AUUGCAACUGCUGGGAAGGAGUGGUAAGGCAUGGUGAUGUUUACCUGGGUGAGCUUAUAAAACAUUCCGGUGAUACUGGCGAUGUUGUUUUGUGAGGAAGGGGAUCAUUUUGCUACUGUUAGAGGAUGCCAUCAAGGAGAAGUGGCUUGUCUUCUUGAAAGAAUUUCUAGAUGGAAGGACCCACUAUUCACGUGGAGGGCGGGAUUCCUAAUGAUAAUCCUACAAGACAAAGGAAAUGGUCAUUUAGAAAUCUCCUCUAAUCCUUUCCCAACCAAUUAUCAUCCAUCUCCCACGUGGGACUCCUGGACCCAUCCCCUAGCAACCCCCUCCCCUUUUAGUGCUAUGUUUUCCCUUUUUCACAUCAUUCUUGCAUACGAUUCACGACAUCAUAAUAUUGCACCAAGUCUAUUCUCCAAAGAUAUAUUUCGUUGAUCUCCUUGUUAAAAUUGCAUACAAGUAAUAAUAUAGUUGUGUUUCUCUUUUGAUCAUGGGGGACUCUUCUGCUUCUUACAUACACAUGGUGCAGCAUCUUAUAGAGAAGUGUCUGAUAUUUAACAUGACAAAAGAGGAGUGCAUGGAAGCCCUUUCCAAACAUGCAAAUAUCGAACCUGUCAUCACCUCUACUGUGUGGAAUGAAUUGGAGAAAGAGAACAAGGAAUUCUUCGAGGCAUAUGCUCAAUCCAAAAGCAAAGAUGAUCGGAUGUCCGAGGAGGAAACCAGUCAAAUGAUCCAGAAAAUGAUCUCGAAAUCCUCUAAAGAUACCGAUGACUAAAAAUUACGAUGAUGCUACGCGAAAAUGAUAUCCAUCUCUCUCUCCCUUCCUCUCUCUGUCUCUCUUGUGUUCUGGUUGGUAGUUUUGGCUUUCCCUUCCAAACCUAAUCCUGCCAAAAACACAAGAAAUUAGAUUUGAUGUCUCACUUGUACUUGUGGUCCUACAUAUGCAUAUAUGGUGAAUCCUAUGCAUGGUAAAAUAUUGAAUAUGUGGAUUUCAUCCAUGAAAACAGCUUGUAAAUCCUAUGACAUAUGCAUAUCAUGUUCCUAAUUAUUGGAAUAAAAAUCCCAUGUAACCAAUCACACAAUGACAUAUCAUUGUAUUAGCGAAACUUCAUGCAUUUCUCGUAAACUUUGAUGUAAUGAAACCAUUAUUAUCAGUGUGACAUGGUGAAUUUUGAUUGGAUGUGACAUUAUAGUUUACAUAAUUGAAUAGUUGGACGGGGAAGGUUCUCGAGGUUUAAGGUGGUGACACUGUACCUGGAAUCUAGAGGCUGCAUCAAAUAUUGUUGUCUAGUGAAUUCUUUUGGCUUUGGCUUUGGCUUACUUGGAAUGAAAUAUCAAGAGAAAGAACGUGUAUGUGAUGUUUGUUGAAGUAGUCUUUUCCUUCAGUUUAAUAAAAUGGAAGUUAAAAAUAA